UACCUAUGCAUCGUCCCCCAGGUCCCAGCUGCUCGCCUCGGAGGCCCCUCUCCCGCAAAUCCGGCGACCUUGCGGCCGCUAUGGAACGGUGGACCGGCGUCCUCCACGUCCCGCUCUCCCAAGGCGGCCCCCUCUUCCGCGUCGCUGCCUCGCUCAUCCUCGCGCCCUCCAAAGCCCUCGCCGUUCCACGCGCAAACGCGAUCCUCUUCACGGGCGACCGCGUCCCCAGCACCGGCGAGCCGGCGAUCGAGCGGCUGUCGGACGCCGCCUACCUCGCCAAGCUCCUCGCUGGGAAGCUCGCCGGGGAAGCCAACGCGUGGGUGGUCGAUGCCGCUUGCUUUGCCGGGCCGUUUGCGGUUUACCGAGGGCUUGUGCCGUCCGUGGACACCGUUGGCGACCCUGAGCGGUAUGACCCCACUGGCCUACCGGCGGCGGCUGGCGUUGCCAGCAUCUUGGCACAUUGUAUUCGGGAGAUACAAAAUAAGGUCACGAGGGGGUCAUUGAAUGAUUCUGCAGGCAAUCAAGAACCUACUGCGUCAUUGCUACCGUCGUCUGCUCCUAAAACUAUCAUCCUGGGGUUCAGUAAGGGUGGAGUUGUCGUCAACCAGCUUGUGGCAGAACUUUCUAAUUGGGCCUCAAAAUCAGCAAAAGGUUCAGUUGAUAUUUCACGGCAAAACCCAGCCCUCUUGACCGGUGAUCUAUUUGUUCCUGCUACAGCUAGUGAUAUUUUAUCAAGUAUUUCCGAAUUCCAUUAUUUGGAUGUGGGCCUCAAUUGUGCUGGAGCAUACACUACUGAUCAUGCGGUGAUCAAGGGGAUAGCCAACUAUGUUUCCCAGACUAGUGAUACUCCCCGUUUCGUCCUUCAUGGGACUCCGAGGCAGUGGUCUGAUCCGAACCGCCCAUGGAUCCUGGCCGAGAAGAACACGAUGCUGCGGUUGCUUCAGGACGAGGCCAACAAAUGUGAAGGAAGACUGACGCUAUCUGAAAAGAAGUAUUUUGAUGGUAGACCACGCAGUCUCCUGAUGCAUUUUGAGAUUCUGGAAGCAAUGGACAUCUCCUGAUAUUCAGCAUGUGCAGCUUGUAGCCUUCUAGUCUCUGUACAGCUUGUGCAACGAAUAACUGCAUAACUGCAUGUGAAUAUUUCGAGGGUUUUAGAU